AUGAUUAAUGAUGAGCAGACAACCUUGAAUAAGAUUACUAAGAUCAAUUUAUGCCCUCUAUUUGAGGGUUAUUAUAUUAAUGGUUCGUGUUAUGGUUUGAUUUCUGUAAUUGGAUGGAAUGCUGAUUUCUAUAUCUGUAAUCCUGUCACAAAAGAAUUUCUUAUCCUUCCAGAGGUUGAUAAGAUCCUGCUACCUGAGGUGAAAAGGCCUUUUGAAUGCGUCCUGAGUGGAUUUGGUUAUCUUCCAUUGAGUAAUGAGUACAAGGCUGUUAGAAUCAUCCAAUUGGGCAAAGACCCAAAUGUGGAGCAUGUUGUUGAGGUAUACACUCUUGGGAGUGAGGAUGGAUACGUUGUUGCAUUCGAUUUGGCUGAUGAGAAGUUCAGUGAAAUUCCACCACUGCCUAUUCCAAGCGUCUAUGAUUUGUGUCCAUUGUUUUCACUUGGGGUAUUGGGUGGAUUUUUAUAUUGUGCUAAACAUGAAAUUCCUGUCGAUUUCGAUCAUGAAAUCCCUGUCGAAACCAAUGAAAUGUCAGUCGAAAUAUGGGUUUUAAAGAAAAACAAGGGUAAUUGUGAAGUAAAGGAUUCAGAGGAACACCAGCCAUGGAGUUGGAGUAAGGAGUUCAAUGGUGUAGAUUUCAAACCGCUUGCCUUGAUGAGGAGUGGAGCAGUUCUACUUAGCAAUGGUACCGGUCUCUUCUCUUAUGACAGAAAUUCUUCUUGUUCCAAAAUGCUUGUGAAUUACGAUGAAUCUAUUAAAGGAGCAAUUCCUUACAUUAAAACCUUAGUUUCAUUGAACGCAUUAGGAGAAAAAGAUACGAAAACAAUGGAUCAGAGAGAGUGA